AUGGAUCCCACUAAAGACACAUCUCCUGAGUUCCAAAGAAAAUUCAAAUGGAUCAAGAAGCUCGGAAAUGGCUCUUUUGGCGCCGUUUACCUCUUUGAGUCUCGGAUUACAAAGGAAAAAUUUGCAUGCAAGGUAGCAGUGGACCCUGGAGCACAAGAAGCUCUCUUACGAGAGGUUGCUAUCCUCAAGAGGCUGCAUCAUUACGUUACCAGCCAUUUCUAUCUCAAUCAGAGACCAAACUGCUUGAUCAUGGCGUACCAUCCUCUUGGCUCGCUGGAGAAUUAUAACUUUUCUACGCGCGAGGCCCUAGAAGUUGUUCACCAAUGCCUCAGGGCCCUCAGAUACCUCGAAGAAAUGGCCUUAUUCCAUCGAGAUAUAAAGGAGGACAAUAUAUUGCUGAAGUCAUUAUCACCAUUGCAUGUCUGCCUUGCCGAUUUUGGCCUGGCAGUUACCAGCAGAGAAGGAGCCACACAUGGUGGCCAGUUAACUCACGUUGCUGUGGAAGUAUACCUUGGCCGCAGGUAUUCUUAUAUAGCAAAUAUUUGGUCUCUCGGGGUAACUGCCCUUUCUCUUCUCCGGCGAUUUCCCAAGAAAGAAGCUCAGUGCUUUUUCCGUGGCCGGGAUCGGGCACAAGAAGCCAAAUACUAUGAAAAGCUGCUAUCAGAAGCUACCUCUUUUCGUGGGUAUUUCGGAGAGCUAAUAAAGCAUAUGCUUUGUACCCCAGAUGUUCGGUGGACUGCCGUUGAAUGUCUGCAGUAUCUGGGAGAAGGCGCUGAUACGGGCCCCAGCCGCCCAGUCCACCACAGAUGA